UGGCUUUCUUCUUCUCCCCAGCAAAGGAAAUCUGGCGGCGGCGGUGGUGUGUUUUUUUUCCUUCCUUCCCUCCCUCCGAGCCAAGGGGGCAACAACCAGCAGCAGCUCCUCAAGCACUGAAGCCGCUCCGAGCCCCAUUCCCCGGUCCCUCUGCUGGGGAGGAAACUCCGGUCCGUCAGCCCAACAGAGGGAAACGGGGGGAGAGGCGAGAGAGGAGAGCGAGAAAAAAAAGCAGCUGGAAAGACAAUCUGCUUCAUCUCACCUUGCCAUCAUUCCAGGAAACUGGUGUCCCUGGGGCUGCUCUCCCUGAUAACAGUGACAUGGUACAGAUGAUUUAAGAUCAGCUGAUGUUCACAAGGAAAAGAGUCACGUGAUGUAUGAAGGCAAACACAUACACUUUUCUGAGGUUGACAAUAAGCCGUUGUGCUCGUACAGUCCCAAACUGUGCAAGCAGAGGCGACUCAACGGCUACGCCUUCUGUAUCCGGCACGUUCUGGAAGACAAGACCGCCCCCUUCAAGCAAUGUGAAUAUGUGGCCAAGUACAACAGCCAACGUUGCACCAACCCCAUCCCCAAAUCAGAGGACCGCAGGUACUGCAACAGUCACCUACAGGUUCUUGGGUUUAUCCCGAAGAAGGAGAGGAAGAAAAAGAAUGAUCCAACAGAAGAGGUGAAAGUUCGGCACCAGAUGGAUUCCAUGGCUUUCAGCCUGACGGUUCCCCCACUGGCCUUGAAGAUGCCCAACGGGCUGGACGGGAUGUCCCUCUCUCCGCCGGGGGCCCGACUUCCUCUGCACUACCUGGAGGCUGACUUGGAGGACCCGUUCGCUUUCCACGAGGAAGACGAGGAUCUCAAGAAAGGGGCGACCGUGAAGAAGAAGCUGCAGAGCAAGCUAGCCCAAAACCGACAGCGCCAGAAGGAGACGGAGAUUCUGAGAGUUCGCCAAGAGCACUUUAGCCCCCUCCCUGCACCGCCGCAGCAGCCUCUGCAACAGCAACAGCCACCGCCGCAGCUGCCGCCCUCCCAUCUCUCACCUUUACCGACCGCUUUAAAGCCAGCAGGGCUACCGCAGGGCUUAGUCUGCAAGUCACCUCAACCUCAGAACACCAGCCUACCAAUGCAGGGAGCGGCGCCCCCCACCCACACGAUAGCACAAGCCAGGCAGCUGCCGAACAAGAGACCCCUGCCUCUCCUGCACCCCGUCAGGGGUCCUGCCCCAGACCUGCCCCGGGCUGACAGGAUCCUCAUGAAAGCCACCGCCUUCUCGCCACACUCAUCUUGCAUGAGCCGGCUACAGAGACUGGUGAAACUGUGCACUCAGAAGCAGCAGCUGGACGCUGAUCUGUUUCCACAUUUAGGGUUGGACUGGUCUGAAGACAGUGGUGAAGAAUGGGAGGAGUGGGAGCAAAGUUCACCAUACCAAGUUGCGUGGUCUAUCCGAGAAGCCCUCAGAUACGAAAGGAGUCAGUUGGACGACAACAACGAUGCCAGCGGCAGGCGUUCUCGCAUUUCCCAACUUUGCACUUACUUCCAGCAGAAAUAUAAGCACCUCUGCCGCCUGGAGCGAGCGGAAUCGCGUCAAAGGAAAUGCCAACAUACAUUCCGAAAAGCGUUGCUGCGGGCAGCCAGCAGAGAGCCGGAAUGCGCUGGACAGUUAAUAAGAGAACUCCAGAGAGCAUCGUGUGGUCGAACCAGUACAAGUGAAGUGAAGCAGAGGGCUGCGUCGCCGUGUACGGGAACCACGAAGGGUGAACCAUGCACCAGCAACGCUCUUCCAUUCACAAAACAUUGCUUUCAGCAUAUCCUCUUGAACCGUUCGCAGCAGCUGUUCUCGAGCUGCACAGCCAAGUUUGCCGACGGACAGCAGUGCUCGGUGCCAGUGUUUGACAUUACGCAUCAGACACCCCUGUGUGAAGAACACGCCAAAAAAAUGGAUAGCUUCUUGCGUGGAGACAGCUCUCGCAAAGUCCAGCACCAGCAGCAGAGGAAGCCCAGGAAAAAAACAAAGCCGCCUGCACUCACCAAAAAACACAAGAAGAAGAGAAGGCGGGGGCCACGGCGACCCCAGAAACCGAUUCCUCCUGCUGUGCCCCAAGGAAACCUCAGUAUGCCCACCAGCGUCUCACUGCCAAUGGAGAUCUCCCAUAUACGGAGCCCUUCCACACCGGAGCUGAGUACGGAUGAGCUACCAGAUGACAUCGCCAAUGAAAUUUCAGACAUUCCACAUGACCUCGAGCUGAACCAGGAGGACUUUUCUGACGUCCUUCCGAGGCUGCCUGACGACUUGCAAGACUUUGAUUUCUUUGAAGGUAAAAAUGGAGAUCUCCUUCCCACUACCGAAGAAGCGGAGGAGCUGGAGCGGGCCCUGCAGGCGGUAACUUCUCUCGAGUGCCUGAGUACUAUCGGCGUACUCACACAGACGGACGGCGUGCCGGUUCAGGAGCUCUCGGACAGAGGGAUCGGGGUGUUCUCCACGGGUGCGGGGACGCCGGGAAUCCAGUCCUUGAGCCGAGAGGUCAACGCGGAUCUUGGCGAGCUGCUCAAUGGGCGCAUAGUCCAUGAUGAUAAUUUCUCCAGCCUGGACCUGGACGAGAGCUUGCUCCGUUCUGCUACCUUAUCCAAUCCACCGACGCCCCUGUCCGGGCAGAUUCAGGGGCAAUUCUCCGCCCCAGCCAACGUUGGCCUUACUUCUGCCACUCUGAUAAGUCAGAGUGGGCUUGGGGAGAGAGCCUUCCCAGGACAGUUCCAAGGACUUCACGAUGGCAGCCAUGCCUCCCAGAGGCCACACCCUGCCCAGCUGCUCAGCAAGGCAGAUGACCUAAUCACCUCACGACAGCAAUACAGCAGUGACCAUUCACACUCCUCACCCCACGGAAGCCAUUACGACAGUGAGCACGUGCCGUCUCCCUACAGUGACCACAUCACGUCCCCCCACGCCGCCUCCUACUCUGGCGAUAACUUGGCAGCUACUUUUUCCACGGAGAUGCCCAUCAUAGCACAGCACUUGCUACCGUCGCAACUCGAGGUGCCGCUCAGCGGGGUGGUGAACCCCAGGACUCACUGGGGGAGCCUCCCUGUCAGCCUCAGUGACCCUUCUCCGUUCAGCAAUCUCCUCGGCGCGGACGGACACCUCCUUUCCACCGCCUUGUCCACGCCGCCCACCACGUCACACUCAGAGACCACACAGCCUGCCUUCGCCACCGUGACCCCCAACAGCUCCAGCGUGCUCCCCGGGUUACCGCAGACCAGUUUCAGUGGCAUGGGGGCUGCGUCUUCUGAACUCAUGGCCUCCACCUCUCCCAAGCAGCAACUCCCGCAGUUCAGCGCCGCCUUUGGACACCAACUGAGCUCCCACAGUGGCAUUCCCAAGGACCUGCAGCCCAGCCACAGUUCCAUAGCGCCCCCAACGGGAUUCACAGUAACAGGUGCCACAGCUACUAGUACCAAUAAUGGAUCUGCUCCCUUCACCACCUCCAGCUGAGCUUAUCUGUCUGCGAAUUUCAGGCAGUCGGGGACCCUACGUUCCCCCUCUUCCCCGUGUCCCCCCCCUUCCCCUCCUGUCUUCUCUUUCCUCAUUUUUGUCAUCCCCUUCUUUAUAAAAGACAAUUUUUUUAUUAAAUAAAAAAAGAAGGGGCUAAAAAUAAAAGUCCUGAUUCAGUACAGACCAGGGUUUCCCUGUCGCUAGGCUCUGCUCUAAUGAUCUUAUGUGCUGUUUUAUGUAUUGGUGCUCAUUUACUUCUGGCAGGUUCACUAUGCCCCAGUUUAAAUACCCCUAGGAAAUAAUACAGUACAGUUGCUGGAUGUAAUUGACCUUAGAUCGUGAAAUGAGAAGAUACCUCAGAUAAAACUAAUGCAAGUUCUUGUUUUCCUGAAGUUCAGAUCAGAGCUUUCAGUCCCGUUAGCGUUUUGUGGGGGGGGGGGGCAGGCAAUCGCUUUAUUAUAUACAUAUAUAUAUAUUUUUAAAGGUGUGAUUGGGACGAAAGGCAGAUCAGCCUUCUGAUUGGGUAAUUGGGCACUGUAGAAUUAAGCCAAGACCAUCACUGAGUUAAUCUGUCAACAGUGGGGUUUUGAAUUCCUCAAGUGCAAGGGUGUGUGUGUGUGUGUAUGUGUGUAUUUGCUGGGUACCUCAUAGUUUUGUUCUUUUUCUCCUCCUGAAGCAGUAAUUUGAAACCAGUAACUGUUCCUUCUGCAUACUAAUUCAUUUCUUAAAAUGAGAUUUAUUAAAAGAAUUGGAUAGGGAGGUCAUCAAAUUUUGGAUUCAGGCUGUCUAAGAUUGCUAUUAAAAAGAUUAGAUUGGGAGGAGGAAAGAGAGAAAAAGAAGUGCUGAGAAUUGGAAUAAUGACUCUCAUAAAAUGUUUGUUCCAGAAGCCAAUUACAGUAGUGUUGAUUCAGUCUUAGGCGUAAUCCAGAAUUUCUCACAUGGAUCAUAGUUUUAACAGAAUCAGGAAGAAGUGGUUUUUGAACCCCUUUUUACCAUGCAAACCAAUCUAAAUCAGAGCAUCUUAGUGAUUUUACCAGGUUGUCACAAUGUCUAUGUCUGGAGCUCUUGAACAUUCUUACACUGAUAUUUGAGCCCUUGGUCUACUAUAAAAUAAAUUAGCCAUCUUUUGCAGAAAA